UCGUCGGUACGUGUGCUGUCACACGUGGUUAAAUGCACCACCACACCGUCGUCGUACCGCAUGUUAUUUUCUACUUGUGGUAAAGGAUUCGACCAGUACAAAAAACGUAGGACUGCUGAUUGCUGAGCUAAUUCAGUGUGUAGUGGUCACAUCUACCCCGCUAAAUUCUUGCAUAGUUCACACGUCUCCUUUUAACGUGACCAAGAAGUUCAGAACGUGUUGUCAUCAAUAACAUCAUGGAGGAAGAAGAGCCGACCUUGAGUAACAGCAGCAUCAUCACAUGCCUUGCCUGGGUACCAAGAGGUGCAGCCAAAGAAACCCCAGACACGGUUCAGGUGGACGAAGAACAGAUAAAGAGCCUUCUGCAGAAAUCAGAAAAUCUCAAGAAAAAAGUCAGUAAGAGCGGAGAGUCAGCCACAGGAAGUAGUGAUGUCACUGCAUCCGAUGUUGCCAUGGAAGCGGAUGAUGAGCUUGCUGAGUAUGACCUUGAUCACUACGACAGUCCCGAUGAAGAAGAAUCAGAGUAUGUAGGACACGACACAGUCAGUAACCUAGCGAUGUAUGCAAGCAACUCGGAAGAUCCUUACAUCACCCUUCAAGAAGAUGAGGAAGACAGAGCUGAUCGAGACGAUAUGACCAUCAAGCCAACAGACAAUCUGAUCGUUGCUGGACGAAUGGAGAAGGACGUAAGCAGUCUGGAAGUCUAUGUAUACAAUGAAGAUGAAGGCAACCUCUAUGUUCAUCAUGAUAUACUCCUGCCGUCGUUCCCGCUUGCUGCUGAGUGGAUGAGCUUUGACCCCGGGAGUUCUUCAACGGGUAACUUUGUUGCGAUUGGUUACAUGACACCUACAAUUGAUGUGUGGAAUCUGGAUGUAAUUGAUUGCCUGGAACCAGCGUUUACCCUCGGAAAGAAAGUCAAGAAAUCUAAAAAGAAAGCAGCUAAACUUACCAACGGGCAUACAGACUCUGUGUUGGACAUUGCAUGGAAUAGGCACGUGCCCCAUGCACUGGCCACUGCCUCCGCAGACACCACUAUUGGAUUAUGGGAUAUGAAUCAGAAGAAGGUUGUUUCAUCACUGCCUCAUCACACUGAUAAGGUGCAAACCUUAGCUUGGCAUCCAUUUGAAGGUCAGUCUCUUGCAAGUGGCAGCUUCGACAUGUCGGUGAAAGUGUUCGACUGUCGUAGUCCAAAGGACAGCUUCAAGUCAUGGACGCUGGACGGUGAGAUUGAAAGAGUCAUCUGGAAUCAAUUUCAACCUUUUCAUCUUUUGGCUAGCACAGAUAAAGGAUUUGUAAACUGCAUGGACGUCAGAAUGGAAAAAUCUAUCUUCACACUCAAAGCACACGGGUCUGCCGUGACAGCACUGAGUCUGAGCUCAGAAGUACCAUCCUGUCUGGUAACGGCCUCAUCAGAUUAUGAAUACAAGAUCUGGGACAUUAAGGACAACAAACCGUCGUUAAUCGUUUCCAAGGACCCCAAGAUGGGAUCGAUAAACUGCGUCCAUUGUAAUCCCAACUCGCCGUUUAUCUUUGGGCUCGGUGGAGAGCGGGACGGACUGAGACUUGUAGACAUCACAUCUCAUGCACCAGUACAUAGACAUUUCAGUAAACGGCAACGCCUGCAGCCUACUCCAUCCACCACAUCAGAGACUGACCAAUCAUCAUCAAGCACACAACAGGCCAGUACAUCACACAGCACUGAUGUCACCAUGGAAACCAGUGAAGCUGUACCCGACAUCUCAUCAAAGAAAAAGAAGAACAAAAAGAAACAACUGCAAACAUAGAAGUAAACUUGCACCAUAUUGUAAAAGUUUUUAUUUUAUUGAAGUAAAAUAGUUGCAAAUUCCUUGCACAAUUUACUGUACAUUUAUAAACUAUAAAAUGAUCAAGUCUUUGUAAUUGUAAUAUUUUGAGUUGGAGACCACUUGAGUUCACUUCAAGAUUCCAGUUCAAUCUUUAACGGUGGCUACCACUUCCUGCAGAUGGUUUGUUUAUUAUUACAUGUAGCUGAAGUUUUCUGAACUGGCGACUUACGGCAGAUGUUUUUUUUUAAUACCAGGUACAGUUUCACAGUACCCUGAAUUUUUUUCAGUGAAUAUCCAUGUGUGAACUUUGUAUUGUGCUGCAUGCACAUGCAUGCACCUUCUGUGCUCUGAUUUGUUUUUCUCCUGUACUAAGGAGAGCACAUUUUCCUUUUUCCAGUGGUUGUUGUAAACAAAUACAAAUAUUGGCAUAUAAGAAAGUAUUUGAUUCAAUUGGAGGCAAGUUUGAGCAUUCCGAUAUUCAAGUAUGCAAUGAUGGUGGGUUAUCAUGAUUUCUUCUAUGCACUUUAUGUACUUGAAAUUGAGUCUACACCACGGAAUCGUCAUCGCCGAUUGAUCAUCUGGGGUUAUUUGAGCCUGGUUUUGUCAAGGUGACGUCUGCUUCAUGACAUUGUCUUUUAGAAUUCCUCAAUUAAAGUAAACAAAGCAAAUGCUGAAAGUUCAUUUGCAGGACAAGCAAAUUGCUGUAUUAAGUUUGUAUUGGAACUUUGCAUAGGGCACAAAAGCACAGGGCACUACGACAUUUGUCAUGGGUGCCCUUGGUGAUUUCAAGGCCUAGUUGAAGGGAAGGUUAUAAGUCUGAAAUCCAUAUCAUACAUGCUUUAAUUAUUAGUAAGAUUCAAUCUGAGAGCUUCUUAAAAAAUGCUGUUUAAUACAAGAAAUUGUAAAGAGGUGAUCUAUGAAAAUAACCAUUUAGAAACAUUAUUCAAUUUGAUGAAAAUUGAUAAUACACUCUUAAAAUCUGGCAACUUUUCCAUGGUGAGUUGAUAGGAAAAAGUUGAGUGCUUAUUAUAGCAGUAGUUAUGACCUUGUCUAACCGACUAAGGCUAUGGCUGCAACAACAAUGUUUAAGACCGAGCCAAAUUUCAUGGCUCUGCUUUCCCUGAGCAACGAAUUGGUGCUUACAGAAACAGGAAUUACAUCAAGCAUAUUUCACAGGUUAGCACAACAUUUUUGCUUGUGCAUACUCCACGUUACUAGCUACUCUUAGCUAGCCAGAAAUUGGUGAUAAGCAGAGCCAUGAAAUUGGGCCCAGGACGUUCCAGCAAUCCAAGCACAGCGCCACCCGAAGCCAUCAAACUAAGCCUUGCCUACAUGUAAAAUCACUCGCAAGAUGGUAUGUUCCUCAGUUUGUUUAAAUAAUGGAGGAUAAAUAAACAUGUAUUUGCAUCAAUAAUUUAUUUCUAAAAACCUCUUUAAUAGUGGCAUAGCCAAGGAUUCAAAUACUUGGAUCAAGUCCGAUACUUUAACAAAGGAAAUGCUUGUUACCGCUGUGAGUAACAUUUUUGAUAUAUAAUAUUUUCUUAAAAUAAAUUGCCCCUAUAAAAAUCUUGCUGGACCCGACCGUCCUACUUGCUCAUAAUUAUUUCAACGAAUAAAACUCCUGAUGUUGUGACGACGAUCUCAAUUACUUCGA